GUGAAGGGAUUAAUAUAACCAAACCUCUUAGAUUCUUUAACUACACAGAGGAUGAAUCAAAAACCCAAUACCCACAAAGUCCACCUCUUAUAGUGGACGUACAAGCUUAUGAGGAUGGAACAACUCUCGUUCACAUUGCACGACUUGCAAAACCGACAGUAAAUUGUUCAGUUCAAAGUUCAAUGCAAAGUUCAGGACAAA